AAAAAAAAAAAAUCUUGCUUGGUUCCUCAAUGAGCGACUCACUAAACGAAGUUUAAGACUUUGUUAAUCCCUUUUUUCUUUUCUUUUCUCCUUUCCGAGAAUCAAUUCACCCAAACAAUGUUACAGAAUUCGAUUCCCUUCUCUUCUUCUUAUCCGAUUCUCAGUCUUUUCUUUUUCGUUUUGUGGGUUUUUGGUCGCUGUAAGUCUCUCGAGGAAGCAGCAGGAGACGGGUUCAAUACCUUCACUAUCUCCAGUUUUAGAUACCCUGAAAGCCGAGUCAGGCCUUAUGAUUUGCGAUAUAUAAGAGUUGAUUUGCCACCAUCGUUCUCUUCCAUGUAUAUAACAUUGGAAUCAGAUGUGGAGCUUGAUGCAAGUACCAUACAAAAAGUUGGUAAAAGUGCUGUGCCUAUGAUCUGCUUCAGAGAUGGUAGCCCUCCUUUGCCAGAUGUCUCAAGUGCUGCUCUGGAACGUUUAGAAUUGAGACCAGUCUUCAAUGUAUCUUCUCAAGGAAUCCAAAACAUUGAGGUUACAGAACAGUGCUAUCCGAUGCAAAAAAAUAUAACAAUGAAGUUGACAAAUGAGCAGAUAGCUCCGGGAGUCUUAUAUCUUGGUCUUUUCAAUGGCAUUGGACCUGCAAGGACGCAAUCAAAGAUGAUUGUUCGAGCCCCAGCAUACUUAUUUGCUGCUAACAUUAGCGUGGAAGGAUGUACAACCUCAACAAUGUCGGGCCAGUUCUGCAACCAGACAGUUGCUCCACUUUCCUGUUCUCAAUCUAGUAGCCACAAUCUUCUUGAAAAUAUUUCAGAUGCUAAAGUGGAAAAUUCAACAAUUGAAAAUGUGAUUUCUUGCAGAAACUCAUUUGGGACUUCUUGUAGUAGGAAUGGUGAGCCUAAGAUCUAUUCCUUAGAUGUAGCUGGAAUAGCAGAACAGCUAAAAAUUAAGGGCACUGAGAAUGCCACAUUUUCAAAUAAAAAUCAGGAUGCUGGUGAAAAGGGUUUGAUGUGUUUCAUUCGGCAUGGUGCAUUACCUUCAUUAGCUCUUUAUGAUUACUCUGGGGAUAUACUUAAAGAACCAUUGGUUAUUAACUUACCAAAGGUUGGUCGAUGGUAUAUUACAGUUGUACCUACAAAUCUGUCGCUAGGACUUGGAGGUGUUCAAAAUACUAGUAUGCAGAUCUGCUAUUCUGUGGAAUCCCAAGUCCUGGAAUGUCCUGCAGAGAAAGCAGGCCCAAGUUGUACAUGGGAAAGAUACAUCCUUCAGACAGUUAUCAGGAAAGAGUCAACUCCCUUCGAAUCAUAUUAUUUGCCAGUCAGCGGAAAGGUGCCCUCAGGCUCAGCUAAUUUUCCUCUCAAGCCCCUUUUUAGUAACUCUUCACUUGGUGGGGAAGCAGGUGAUAUUUGGACUUAUUUUCUUAUGGACAUACCUCGAGGUGCAGCUGGAGGAAAUAUUCACAUACAACUAAUGUCAGAUGCCAAGAUAAAUUAUGAAGUAUAUGCUAGAUUUGGUGGAAUGCCAUCCCUUGAUAGCUGGGAUUAUUAUUUCGCAAACAGGACAAACAGCAGUGCUGGCUCCACAUUUUUCAUGCUGUAUAAUUCAAGUGAUGAAAAGAUCGAUUUUUAUAUCUUAUACGCGAGAGAAGGAACUUGGAGCUUUGGAUUAAGGCAUCUCAAUUCCACCAGCAUUUCCAAAGAUGAGACAGUCAUGUCAGUUUCACUUGAGAGGUGCCCAAAAAGAUGCUCCUCUCAUGGGGAAUGUAGAUAUGCUUUUGAUGCUAGUGGGUUGACGUCAUUCAGCUUUUGCUCCUGUGACAGAACCCAUGGAGGCUUUGACUGUAGUAUUGAAGUCGUAUCACAUCGAGGGCACAUAUGGCAAUCUAUUGCUCUCGUUGCAUCAAAUGCUGCUGCUCUGUUUCCUGCCUAUUGGGCUCUUCGUCAAAAGGCAUUUGCAGAAUGGGUGAUCUUCACAUCUAGUGGAAUUUCAAGUGGUUUAUAUCAUGCAUGUGAUGUUGGCACCUGGUGUGCAUUAUCCUUUAAUGUUUUACAGUUCAUGGACUUCUGGCUUUCUUUCAUGGCUGUGGUGGGCACAUUUGUCUACUUAUCUACCGUUGAUGAAGCUUUUAAACGGACAAUUCACACCGUUGUUGCUAUCAUUACAGCUCUCAUGGCCAUUACCAAGGCAACCAGGUCUUCCAAUAUCAUUCUUGUUCUUGCAAUUGGAGCACUAGGCCUUCUUGUGGGAUUUCUCGUUGAGUUGUCUACUAAGUAUAGGUCGUUUUCCUUUUCUGGUGGAUUCUCUUUAAAUAUGCUUUCCAGAUGGCAAGCUGUUAGAGAGUGGCUUCGAAAUUUGGUCAAGACACUUUUGAGGCAAUUUCGAUGGGGUUUUGUUUUAGCUGGUUCUACUGCACUGGCCAUGGCAGCAAUAAGCUGGAAACUGGAAACCAGUGAAAGUUAUUGGAUUUGGCACAGUAUUUGGCAUGUCACGAUAUAUAUCUCUUCUUUCUUCUUCCUCUGCUCAAAAGCACCUGUUACAAAUAGCGAGGAUGAGAGAGCCGAUGACCAAAGCUAUGAGUUAACUCGGCAGGAUUCGUUCUCAAGAACAUGAACAGAGGGGCAGAUUGAAAGAGAAUGAAUCUUCUGAGGGCUAAGCUCCAAGUAAGGGAUGGAAAAAAAAUUUAACUAGAGCAGCAAUUCUGAGAAAACAAGAGGUACCAAGGGCUUCAACUCCAGCAGUAUGUUCUAGAUAGUUGCCCCCCACCAAAAUUUUCCUGGAGUCUGCUUUAUUUUUGCAGAAAUAAUGAAAAAGAAAGAAAAUAGGCAGAAAUAGUGUGAAAAAAAAAAACCCAUACUUAAUAUUGAUUAAAGAAUUAAAGAUGUGGGAACUUCUGUGGUACUUCAGAGGCAUGAUGCGUCCCCGGUAAUUUUCUAACAUAUUAUAGUGAUUUAGUGACUGAUCGGUAUACAAUACCAAGUGAUUAAUACACCAUAAUAUUGAAUUGUUAUGAAAUAUUUACAAAUGCGAGCCCUCGUAGGCAUUGUAAUUUAGGAUGAGACAUGGGUGUGUAUAUCGUGAAUUAUAGGGGCAUUGUGGUUGAUCUCAACAUUUUUGGUGUCGUUUUAAUUUAGUCUGGUAAUUGGUAGCUCCUGCAAAUGUGAAUGAUUUUUUUGUUGUUA